AUGAGGAUGAUAACAUAUCUGUUUCUUGCGUAUAAAAGUGUGGGGUUUAAUCUAUUUAGAGGCUGCUCUUCUUUCUCCAAGCCUUGGCUGGAGAGGUGUUGUCCUUCCCAUCUCUCGGAGCAGUCCAUAAACAAGAUAUCAGGGAAGAAGCACGAUGAUGAUGAUGUCGAUCCAGUUCCUUGGGACAAACUUCCCGUGGACAUACUGAAAUUAAUCUUUGACCGUUUACAUUUAAAGGAUCGUAUUCGCUUCAACCUGGUUUGUAAGCAGUGGAGAACAAAUACAACCGAAACUCCUCAACUCCUGUGGCUGAUGCUCCCUUACCACGAAAAUUCCCAACAUUUGAGCUUCUUUGACAUGUCCGAGGGCAAAGUUCAUAAGUUAAAUCUCCCUAAAUCGGCACAAGGAGGGUGGUUUUGCGGAUGUUCCAAAGGUUGGCUUUUCCUCGCCAAGGGCUCUGAAUUUCAUAAUCUGCAAUUUUUCCUGUUUGAUCCGAUUUCAAGGGUUCAAAUUCCACUUCCACCCUUGUCGACCAUACCAGAAUUUGGAAAAACUUUCACCAUCCGGCAAUCUAAAUGGAAUCCUGCUGCUUGCAUAAUUACUCAAGUUGUAGUAUCUUCAUCGGAUGCAUCCCAAUGCAUACUUGCCGCAACAUUCUGUGCUAAUGAUGAUAACUUUCUUGCCCUUUGUAGACCACAGGAUGAGAGGUGGACCAUCGUUGACGGGCUAUUAGCUGAUGGCCAUUGUUAUCUAGAUAUAUAUUUUUUUAACGGAGAACUAUAUGCCUGUUUUGCGAAGACAAAUAAUUUACAAGAUCAGGCAAAUCUGGGUCCUUUUCCAACCCAUUCCGUAACUUUAGGAGGCCACGAUGUGAAUCUGAAGCUGAUCCCUUUCAUAUGUCCACCAAUUUAUCCAUCAUCUUAUGCAGCAGAUGUUGAUGAGUUAAGCUGGUAUUACAAGGACUGUGCAAUCAUGGUAAGAUUGGUGGAAUCAAAUGGUCAGCUAUUCAUGGUUACUAAAAUCUGUGAUAUCAUAGAGACUUCGGAUUAUGACGACAUAAAUGAAGAGGACGAGGAUGAGGAUAACGAACGUCUAUUAACCUAUCAUCAAACUGCUAGGUUUGAAGUAUCGAAGAUUCAAAUCACUGAUACGACGUUUACGGCUACCAGGUUAAGUAAUCUCUCUGAUCAAUCAUUAUUCGUUGGAGACGGGGUUUCGCUAGCAGGAAAUUUCAAUGAAUUUGAUAAGAAUUGCAUUUACUUUUUAGAAGAAAAUGAUAUUUAUAGCCUUGAGGAUGUUUAUCCGCUUUCUCGUGAAUCUGGUAUUUUCUACCUUGAUGAUGGAAGCAUUAAACGUUCUUUUCCUAGCAUUAAAACUGAUAGGGGGAGUUACAUGAAUUGGUUUUCACCAAAUAUCAAGACUGGAGCCUUUUUUUAG